UCUAAACCUGAAGAUCUAGAAUUACAAUCAAGACAGAAUCUACCUAGCCAAGGCACAACUAAAAAAAUGUCUGGAGUUUACGAUGCCCCAGUGCCAGAUCACCGCAGAAAAUGGGACAAAGAAGUAUACGAAAAAUUGGCUCAGGAGCGCCUGAAAGAACUGGAAGAUGACAGUAGUGAGAGUGAAGAAGAACAUGCAGUACCUGUCAAAAGGGAACUCUUAAAACCACGUGAUUAUAAGGUUGACCUUGACUCAAAGCUUGGAAAAUCUCAGGUUAUUACUAAAACAACACCAGCUGCUCAACAAGGAGGUUACUACUGCAAUGUCUGUGAUUGUGUUGUUAAAGAUUCUAUCAACUUUCUUGACCACAUCAAUGGAAAAAAACAUCAGCGCAAUUUGGGUAUGUCCAUGAAGAUAGAGCGUUCCUCUCUAGAUCAAGUGAAAGCCAGAUUUGAACUGAACAAAAAGAAAAAAGAGGAAAAGAAAAAAGAGUAUGAUUUUGAGGAAAGAGUGAAGGAACUUCAAGAAGAGGAAGAAAAACAGAAAGCUUACAAAAAAGAAAAAAGGAAAGAUAGAAAAAGAAAAGCUGAUGAUACUGAUGUUGAUCCAGAUAUGUCUGCUAUCAUGGGGUUUUCAGGUUUUGGGGGAUCUUCUAAAAACAAUUAAAAAUAGACUCAACUUUAAUGAUUGUUUUAUGUACAUUUUAAUAUUUUGUGUAAUUCUUACUUCAAAGGCAGUUAACUAUAGCUAAUCUAUAGUAAUUGUAUCACAUUGGGCAUGUGUAUUCAAACUAGUUACCACAUAGAUCUUUUUCUAUUCAAAAUAAGGUUAUAUUAUUUUAAAUAUUACAACUACUAUGAAAGUUAAAUAUUAAAUUCUUCAUACAAAUAAUGAAUUACAGCUGUUAGGAAUAUGAUUUAAGAUUUAUAGAAAUUUUUUAUCAUAUACAAAUGUAUUUUGUUCAAAUGCAAAGUGAAUAAAUUCAAACAACUUCACUCAAGCUUAUAGCAGAUCCACUAGCACAAAUGUUACUUUUCAGUAAUAAUUUAGUGUCUGCAUCUAACGAAUUUUAAAGCAAAUCUUAGUCUAAUUAAUAAUUAUGAGACAACACAAGUGUUUGCAAAUCUUGCUUGAGUUAAUCCAUGUCUAAAGUGAACCAGGGUUGGGGAAAGUACAUGUUGCGUGUGUGGUGACAAUCCUUUCAUCUACCAACUUCGUCAAUGUUAAGGGUUGAAAAAUUACUUUAUAACUUAAAUUGUAUUUGUUCGCAUAAAUUAUAAAUUUGUAUUAUGAAAAUAAAAUAAUGCAGUGUGUUCUUAUAAAA